UGCGCAUGGUUUGUUAUUUUAACAUUCAAAGCGCCCAUGGAGACGGACACUUCCUAUUUAGAGCUAGACUUAUAGGGAAAAGAUUUUUUAUACUGAAAGCUGAAUUCAUGAAAAAAAAACCAAAAAAAACUGAUGGAUUGAUUUUGACUGGAUGGAUUGGUGAGAUGUGACAUUAUUGCAUCAAUAGUUUUGUCUGUCUGCUGUGCACCUAUCCAGCAAUAUGUCUGUAGUUUCUAGUGACAGGGUGGAUGUCAGCAUCUCUAAUAUAUCAACAUCCUCUGUAGGCAGUAACAAUGGUGUGAUUAAUACUUGUUCAACAAGCUCUCAGCGUAUCAAAAUACAUCGCAGGAACAGUUCAGAUCGAAAUGUUAUUCACACUCGUAUGGAAGAUGAAGAUGUGCAUAUUGAAUAUAUUUAUAAUGAAGAGGAUAUCAUCGGUGAGGGUUCUUUUGGAAAAGUAUACAAGGCUCAGCAGAAGGGCACAAAUGAAACUGUUGCUAUCAAGGAAAUAGUCAAAGAAAAAGCUGGUAGUUCAGGCUUAAGGCAGCUGGAAAAAGAAGUAACAAUCUUCAAAAAAGUUGAUCAUAAAAAUAUCAUUCAUUUAAGGGAAGUAAUUGAAUCUUCUAAGAAGAUGUAUUUGAUCAUGGAGCUAUGUAAGGGAGGUGACUUAGCCAAUGUGCUCAAACGCGAAGGAGCCUUCAAAGAAGGAGAUGCUAAAGUUGUAAUGUCCAGUCUAGCUGAAGCCAUCAAAUAUUUACACCAGCAAGGUAUCAUGCACAGAGAUUUAAAACUAGAAAAUAUUUUGAUAGCAGAAGAAUUCACAGACAGGAAAGAUAUAAAAGUUAAGGUCUCAGAUUUUGGUUUAUCUACACAGCAGACGUACAAUUCUUUUGAAAAUAUGCAGGAGCAGUAUUGUGGUACACCUUCUUACAUGGCCCCUGAAAUGAAUUCCACUUACUCUUACCCUGUAGAUGUUUGGGCUAUGGGAAUCAUUAUGUAUUAUAUGCUUACACAAUAUCCAAAAGAUAAUGAACUGAAUGAAUCCAUAUCGAAAAAUGGUCCGAUUUUUGCUGAACCUCAGUGGAAGGAAGUUAGUAAACAAGCAAAAGAUUUACUUCAGUCCAUGCUCAACAGAGACCCUGCACAUAGAUUGUCCUCAGGAGAAGUGCUUAAUCACGAAUGGUUCACGGGAAAGAAAAAAGAACAUGGCAAUGUUUUAGAGCUAAUGAAAGAGUAUAGGAGACAGGAGAAGGAGAAUGAAGUCAGUUCAUCAUCAGAUGGUGAAGUACCGAGUGCAAUAAUUGAAUCUGAACCUGUCAAAAAAGUCGGCAGUAUAAAGCAAGUAAAACAGAAAGUUGAUGGUUCCCCUAAACUUCACCCCCUUAUUAAAGUGACAAAAGCCAGCACUGAAGGUUUACACAAGCCAAAGGCAACAGCAAGCAGCAGUACAAAAAAAAUUCCAGCUAAAACAGUUCCCACUAAAAAGACUGAGACAUCAUCUAAAAAAGAGUUCACCUCCAAAACAAAGAAACACUGACGGGGAGUUACUUUGUGUAUAUAUGUGAAUGUGUGCUUUGUACUCUUCAUAAUAAUCAUACAAGCUCAUUUUGUCUUGGAUUUCAAUAAUUACAUUGUUUGAAAAUAGUUUACUGUUUGUGCUGAGCAUUUUCAUGUGGAUUUAAAUUGGUAUUUGUUUAUAUUAUCAAAAUGUUAUUUGAUGCAUCUUUCAAGUCUCUUUCUUUUUCUUGUGACACUAUGGCCAAGAAAGAUCAGAAUAUAGAAUAUGUUGUCUUUUAUGAAUCUAUAAUAAUGUUCUUUGUUAUGUUAACAUUUUAAGAUCAAAACAAAAAAAAAAGUAGUUUGAUUUUUUAAUGCUACAUACAAAAUAAUAUUUAGGCAUAUUAAUAUCACCUUGAUCAGGGUAAACAUUUACUUUUAAAAGGUAAAUAAAACAUCAAAGGGAUGUUCCAACUUGCCAUUACCCGAGAUUAAAAAAAAAAUCCAAAUUUCUACUGUGCAAUUAAAAAACAACACAAAUUUGGUAACUUUUUGAGAAAUUGGAUUUAAAUACCUAAUAAAUGUAAUAAAUUUUGACAUUUAAAUAUUUUCUGAUAAUCUUAUCCAGUUAUGGUAAGUAGUUUCAAUGAUCAAAAGAAAGAUGUUCAGAAACAAUAAAAUGGCCAAAAUGUAUUUUAAAAAAUCAGUUCAAUCUCAUGUAUACUUUUUCUCUGUUAUAUGUAUUAUAGUGUUCACUAAAAUGUUUACUGCCUCAGCAGAUAUCUAAAAUUCUGCUGUCAUCUAAUGCAAAAUAAUACAAAUAGUCAUUGGAAUUAAAUGAAAAAAAAAGAUUCUACAAUG